ACAUUGCGCAGCUGGGCGGCCGUGUGGAGCGGUGCGCUCAAUCAGCCGGGUGGGACAGAGCCACACAGAGGGCAAAGCGUGCCCUUUACGAACGAGGAUCCGCCGCUGUGGCCGAGGCGACCAUCAGCAUUCGCAGACGGAGGGGGAGCAGAGCGCUUGCGGCGUCGCCACCGUCCGCUCACGUGACCGCUAACUCUGCGCUGCGGAGACCGGGGAGCCGAACGUCCGGAGAUCCGAGAGCGCUUCAGGAUGUCUGUGGCUCCUUCAAGCUCCUGCUUUGCGGCACUGCCUCCCGCCACCGAGGCGGCACAUACACUAUUUGGAAAAAAUUCGACAAGGCCUGGCCACGAAGUUCAAGAAGUUAUUUAUCUCCCUGCUGCUUCCCAUGAACCAGGAUCUAAGGUUCAGUGUACCUACAUCACUAUUGACCAAGAGGAGAGGACCCAUGCAGUAAUACUAAGCAAACCUUCCUGGAUGUGGGGAGCGGAAAUGGGAGCAAAUGAGCAUGGAGUCUGCAUUGGGAAUGUAGCUGUGAUGACACAAGAGACUGCAACAGAAGCAGAAGCCCUUUUAGGCACAGACCUUGUCAGACUUGGUUUGGAACGAGGAGCCACUGCUAAAGAGUCUUUGGAUGUCAUAGUUUCCCUUCUUGGAGAGCAUGGACAAGGUGGAAAUAAUUUUGAAGAUGGAGAGGCGCUUCAUCUGUUCCACAGUAGCUUUCUCAUUGUGGACAGAACAGAAGUCUGGGUCCUGGAAACAGCCGGCAGAUACUGGGCAGCUGAGAAAAUCACAGAGGGUGUGAGAAGCAUCUGUAACCGAUUAUCUAUAACUACCAACAUUGAAGCAGAACAUCCAGAACUUAGAAGUUAUGCCCAAAAUCAAGGCUGGUGGAACGGAGAGGAGGAAUUCAACUUCUGUGCAGUAUUCUCACCACCGGAUCACACUCUGGAUCACCACUGUCCGGGAAAAGUCAUGCUGGGGGAACAAGCAGGAAAGAUCACCUUGCAAACGAUGAUGGAUGCGUUACGUGACAAGGACUGUAUGGAUCAGAACUCCUUCCUCGUCAUGGGAAGUAUGGUGUCCGUCCUUCCUCAGAGCAGCAGCUCGACUUGCAUCCAUUUCUUCACGGCCACUCCUGACCCCGCCAGGUCCAUCUUCAAACCCUUCAUCUUUGUAGACAAUGUUAAGCCAGUCCCGAAAACACAGAGUCCGAGUUUUGGUGAUGAGGAUCCAGCCAAACAGCAGCCACGUUUCCAGAGUAGACCGGACCGUAGACACGGGCUCUAUCAGGCACACGAGUGUGCCCGGUCACUCAUGGAAGCUGAGGAGGAGUCUGGUCAAAAGCUUUUACAAGCCAUACAGGGACUGGAGAAACAAGGCGUGGAGGCCAUGCAAGAUAUACUGAAGUCUGAUGAAGCCAUCAACCCUUUGGAAGUAGCAGACCUCUUCUAUGAUUGUGUAGACACCGAAAUCAAAUUCUACAAGUGACUUAGGUGAAAACUUCCUUUUUGCCACUGGUACCAGUGAUCCAAGAAUUGUCAUGUGAUUUCCCAGAGAGAGUUCUUUAUUCAAGAAAUUUCGAAGAAUUGCCUCUUCAACUCAAGUAGAAGAGAAGGCUGAAAAUUACUCUUCCAUAGUUGGUCUCUGUUCCAAGUGCUUUAACUACUCACUGAAGUACCAGCUUCAUUCAUCGAAUUGUGCUUUGUCUAACCUUUGUGUCUAGUGGUAGGAAACAGCCGGUGGUUGGUUAUUAAGUGUGUGCAUGCAGAUUGAUCUGAAGCAGGAUAUCUCAGAUGCUUUUAUUUGUGAUGGUGGCGAUUGCAUUCUUCACAAAGAUUCAUUGAGUAAAUAAUAAUAGCAAAUCAUUAGCCGAGACACCAGGCCAAGGAGAAUCAUGAUAUAACAUUCACAGAGCUACGUACAAUAUCACUGUCCUUAGUUAACUUACAUGCUUAAGCCUUAUACCCCUGCUAGGGCAUAGGCCACUGAGAGCAACUCACCAGAGUCCUCUGUCACGGUCCAGUUCUUCAAGUUGUUCCCAAUGCAGUCCAUCCUCGAAGAUCCUUCCUCUCCCAGGGAUGAGGUCUCCGGAACUUCUCUGGGUUUUUACCAGCUGGGAUGGCUCGCCUCAUGCCCAACCCUCCUUUCGUAACCAGGUUAAGUAUUCUGUAAAUUUUAUUCGCAAUCCAUGUUAGUAUUAUUCUUGAAUCUAAUGCCCCUCAGUAAAUACUUGCUGCUACUGCACUGGACAAACCCGCCAGAACUUCAGUGGCAGGAAGACAACAUAAGCUGUUGUAUAUCACACCUUUUCAUCGUGGAUAAGUGGACAAUAGACGAAAGGCUGUCCGUGGAUAUGGAGAUCGCUUUUGCAGAUUGCAUAAGUUUUGCUCCUGACACUCUUCAAUGCAUUUAGCAUUUUUGAGUGUUAAUUUCAAACGAUCAAAAUGCAAAAAAAAAAUCCCAGAUGUCGGAUAAAUAAAAACAAUAAACACCGAAAAACAAUGAACACAUCAAACACUCAUCCUGAUCAAAUGUCAUCACCAUGAAAAAAUAGCUCCACUUCUCAGUCUGCUGAUAUUUCCAGGGUUUUCUCAAUGUCAAGCAUUUAUUUUCCUUUAGAUGCAGUAUGGUGUCUUGUUUGGUUUACGUGCUGUCCCUAACCUCCUAGGGCAUCUGCUCUUAAAUAAAAGAAGGCAUUCACUUUA